AUGAUUUGUGAUGCCACUUUUCGGUUUGUUGACGUAGUCGCAAAGUGGCCUUGGAGCGUUCACGAUUCAAGGAUCUUUCGUGAAAGCGCCAUACGUCAGCGCUUUGAAAGAGGUGAAAUCGACGGUCUUCUGCUUGGUGACUCUGGCUAUGGAUGCAAGAGGAAUCUUAUAACACCAUAUCAAAACACCGACAGUCCUUGUAAGGAACGGUUUAACAUAUCCUUAUGUCGAACAAGAGUGGUGAUUGAGCAAGCUUUUGGCGUUCUCAAGCGUAGGUUUCCAUGUCUACAUUAUGGACUUAGAGUAAAACCUGACAGAGCAGCCAAAAUAACAGUCGCGUGUGUCAUUCUUCAUAACAUUGGAUUAGAGAGGCAAGGCAUGUUUUCACGAACAUGUGAGGAUGACACGGAUCAGCCACAUGUUGUUUAUGAAGGAGAUGGGUCUGGAAACAGUUACAGAGACCACAUCGCAGAAUCUUUAUUUUAAGAACAUAUAGUUAUAUAAUAACAAGGGCUGUAUGCAACACAUGCAUGCCCCCCAUAUGGCCUGUCAGUUGUAGUGGUAGCCAUUGUGUGCAUACGUUUAUUGUCACUGUGAUCUUGACCUUUAACCUGAAAAUCAAUAGGGGUCAUCUGCCAGUCAUGAUCAAUGUUCCUAUGAAGUUUCAUGAUCCUAGGCCUAAAUAUUCUUGAGUUAUCAUCCUGAAACCAUUUAACUGUUUUGAGUCACUGUGACCUUGACCUUUGACCAAGUGACCUGAAAAUUAAUAGGAUCAU